GGCAAAACCGGGUUCGAAUACAGUUCUUUUUACAGAAGAAGGGCUUUCGCCAUUCUAUUCCUCCGCAGCAGCUGGGCACCACUUCUCCUGUCCUAACAGCAACCUGAGCAUCAAGCAAGACAAGGUAAAACAAAUAAGAUGUCUGGUCGAAGCCGCGGGCCUCCACUUCCAAUGAAAGGUGGUCCUCAUGGUGGACUGCCUCCACCAGUUCAUGAAGCCCCAUUUGCUAUGGGUCGCGUACCACUGCCUCAUCCUGCAUUGCUUGAAGAAAUGAGAGAGUCUCAGUUUGGAAUGGGCUCGCGAUCGAUGCCUCCUCACCCUGCUGUUCUUGAGGAACACCUGGCUACUCAGCAUGAUGAGAUUCAAGGAUUAUUAGUUGAUAACCAGCGCUUAGCUGCAACUCAUGUAGCACUAAGGCAGGAAUUAGAAGCUGCUCAAUAUGAACUUCAGCGGACUGAUCAUUAUGCCCGUUCUUUGCGCAUGGAAAGUGAUGUGCAAAUGAGAGAACUAUAUGAAAAGGCUGCUAAGAUGGAAAUGGAUCUCCAAGCAGUGGAUGGUAUGAGGUCUGAGCUCAUGCGUGUACGCUCGGAUAUCAAGGAGUUUACUGCUGCCAGACAAGAGCUUACUGUAGAGGUGCAAAGGAUGACCCAGGAUUUUACCAGAAUGACUGCAGAUAUACAGCAAACUCCAGCAAUAAAAGCUGAAAUUGAAGGCCUAAAACAAGAGCUGCAGCGAGCAAGGGCAGCCAUUGAGAACGAGAAGAAGGGAUAUGCAGAAAACUAUGAGCAUGGUCAGGUUAUGGAGAAAAAAUUACUGACGAUGGCUCGAGAGCUUGAAAAACUUCGAGCUGAGGUUGCUAAUGCAGAAAAAAGAGCUCGAGCAGCAGCAGCUGUUGGGAAUCCAGGUGCAGGGUACAAUGCAAAUUAUGGGAAUCCUGAACCUGGUUAUGCAGCAAAUUACUAUCCUGCUAGUUACGGAGUGAACCCUAUGAACCCUGCUCAUCCUGUGCAGGGUGGUGCUGAAGGUUAUUCUCAAUAUGGACAUGCACCUGGUGCUUGGGGUGGUUAUGAUGUGCAGCGAGCUCAAGGACCCAGAUAAACUAGUUCAUGUUACAACCAAUGUCUAAAUGAGUUAAUGCCCGACACUUGAGCAUGAGAUUUUGGGCAAAUUGCUAAAGUUGUAUUUAUAUUCAGUCUGCCAGAUCGGGCGGCAACUGGGCACACUUUAUCAGUUAUUUUGCACUUGUACGGGCCAGUGUACCAGUCACUCAAUGGCAGUGUAGAUUUUCCACCACUAUUUGUUUUAUGAAAAGAUUUGCUCGGGAUAUUCAUCUUCUUAUGAUGCAGUUUUGUGGCUCUUCUUUCAAUUCCUACAAUCCCCCCUACUUGAUAUCUGCUCCCUUUUGUCCCAAACUAGUUGUGCUAACUUGAAUUUGACAGUCAAAACUGUAAAAUUUGAUGACAAAAUACUCUUAUUGUCUUCUGAAACUAGAACUUGAAAAAUUCA